AUGGCUAAUAUCGAAAUUCUCGAUCCAUCCGAGAAACCCAAGGCGGUAGGUGCGAAUGGCGUACACACAGAGCCAAGCGAUGGAGGAACAUCCAGAGACAGCGGUUCUGUAGGAGAGGUCUCGGAGGGGCAUGCUGGAGCCAGCCCUAUGUCCCUUUCUCCAGGGCCAACACCCUUCAGAGUAAGCCCCACGAGCGGCCUAUCCUCUAGCCAGUCAGGCGUACCUGCUUUGAGCAUGCCACAUCCCAAGAAAUUCACCCAUAGCAAUAUCAAUAAAAAAUUCUUGGAGAAGACAUCGUCGACGUCCCCUUCAGGUCAGACCCUGUCCACAAGUGUGACAGCAAAAGUUGGAAACUCAGCUCAAAAGCCUGCAGUGCCAGCUGCACAAGCGCAUUCUCGACUAGUUACCGCCAAACUCACUGCAGCUCCACAAUCAGCCACUACGACUGGACCUGGAUGGUCUCGACCACCAUCUUCUGUGCCCUCCACUGCCCCUACGCCUCCAGCUGCAAGCAAUUCGAAGCCAAUUGCGGUUCCUGCACCCACUACCGGUCAUGCUGCACCUCAGCCCACUCCCAUUGGCAAAGUCAUCCAGCCACAACCACGCGGGGUAUCCGAAAUGUUUGUAGGAGUUGUUAAAAAGGACAAUAUAAAUAAGCCUGCGUGGGGGAAUACGAAGGGUAUGACACCGAUUGUAUCGAACUUGAACGCAGCUGCUAGCGACUUCCCCACCGCAGCAGAAGUUGCACAAGGGCGAACUUCUAAAGUGCUAGAGAAGCAGGAAGCUGCUGAAACGGCCGCAGCUCAGAAGCAGGCCGUUUCAGCAGAGGAAGAUACGUUUCGUGGUGUUCAUCUGGAUCCAAACGCACAUCAUUGGGACGAGAUGGAAGAAGAUGAUGACAAUAUCUUCCUCGGUGGAGUAAUCGAAUUUGAGGAUGGGCGGCAGUACAAAAUCCAACCAACGGAAGUUACUCAACAGUCCUCAUCUCCCCGGGAGCCGUCUGCGCUAGAUGCAAACGGUGCAGUUGCAUCCACGAGGCAUCCUGAACUUGACCAGCCUGUCAGCAAGGAAGACAGGUUCGCGGACGAUUUUGAUCGAAGCUGGCCACGUUCAAGGCCCAGUGGGUUACCUUAUGGUCAGCGUGAUCAGAUCUCGAAUGGAGCUCCGUCUUCUGCUUCGUCCCAAUCUAUGCAAUCACCGCAGGAGACAUCACGCGUAUUGUUCAAUGAGAGGUCCAACAGACUGGAACCUUACUCCAAUUCAAUUCCAUCCAUCCGCCAGAGUAGCACCAGCUCACAUUUUGCGCGAAGAGGAAGUCGCACUGAGUUUACGGGAUCUCCUACAGAGUUAAGGGGCGUUCGUGAUGUGCCUCCUCAUGUUCAUGUCCCAGGAGUUCAGCUUUUACAAAAGAUGACCACUCCUAAUGACUUACGAGCUGAUGGCAGCUCUCAUUCCCGUUUCCCCGAAAAUCAGUCCGGACCAAUGGCAAUAUCUCCUACCGAAACCAGUCGUCCUAGAGAUCGCGAUCGAGAAUUUUCACGACAAGAUUCUUCCCCUGUCCUGACCCGGGCACCAUCGCACGGGUACCAAGGGCGGCCCAAGGACCAUUAUAAUCCGUACAGUAUGCCAUCACUUUCACCUGUAGGUGGUGGCGACGACCGUCCACGAAGGACUUCAACCAUGGGACCUCCGCCACUUCCGUUGCCACCAGGCAGAGACGGGGGCCGGCAAGCUCCUCCCCACCUGUCUACAGCGCGACCUCCACUUCCUGCAUUCUCGCAAGCAGAGGGUCGGCAUCCACCGGCUCUGAACUUGAAUGUGGGACCACCUCCGGCUGCUGGAGCACCCGUGCUAUCUCCACUGAGUUCAGCAGUUUCGCCCACGACAUCUGAGAAGCCACUUCAACCCUCUGCGUUGCCUUUAGUUGAUCUCGAUGAAGUGCGUAAAGCCGCAAUGCAUUCCGCGGCAGAACGCGCUCGACUACGACGGCAGCAAGAAGAAGAAGAACGAGAACGAGAGAAGGAACGUGCUCGUAAGAAAGCGGCUGAGCUAGAAGCGAAAAUGAGGUCUGAAGAAGAGCAGAUGGCUUUAUCAGUGACUUUUCCGAGAAAGGAGGACAUCAUGGAAUCUCAGGUAAUUGAGAUGAUCGAGGAGGCUGUACAAACUGCGACACAAGGUUCGGACACUCGACGCAGCGUGCAGUCCAUCGGAGGUGAGGUCCAGCCACCUUCCCCAAGACCUGCUUUCACACGAGCACCAUCUUCAAGAGGUGCCCCACGUCUCAAUCAGAGUCGACGCACUUCAUUCCCUGCGUCUGGUGCAGGGCAAGACGUACCGUCACUAGCGACUGAAGUCGAUUCUUGGCGCAGCAAGGCGCCUCGUCGACAGUCGACCUCCCGAUCGGAGAAGCCUGCCACACCUACUGGUCCAUUCCUGCCACAGCCCUUGCUUACGGAAGUAGAUGUCCUCACUGUACAGUCCAAUGAGGACCUGGAAGUGGUUGACUUUUCCGAUCUUGGAAAAUUUGUGGGUAUUGAUCAUGCGCCAGCUUCAGAGGCAGCACAGAAUCUGGCUUCACGGCCGUCAAGACCUGUAGCUGCUGACUUUUUUGAGAGCAGUGUCCCUUCAGUUGCGGACCGGCCGCGUCAAGGUCACGAUGAAGAAGGCUCCUGGAGACGCAAGUCUAUUCAACAAUACACGUAUGCAAUCGAAAUGGCAAGUUCCGGUGCUGCAGCGGAAGCCCUGAAGCCGCAAAUCACUCCAGAUGCACCCAAAGUAGCGAACAUCUCUGCACCCGCGAGCGCACAUGACUACAGGGCUUCCGACGAAUCCAUCCAGACAUAUGUUGGGAUCGCUCAUCCGUCAUCAUAUCAUCAUGCCUCGCAGCGUUCACCUCUAACGCCGUCUUAUCGAGAGGCAUCCAUGUCAACCCUCAAUGAUGUUCUCUCGAGAAUCAAAGGUGCCUUGGAUGAUAUGCAUGUGAAGCCAGAACCCCCGACGCAUCAAAAGUGGCUACCCCCCGCUCUGCGGACACAGUCUCGUGAUGUUGAGCAGAAUGCCCCUGGCGAAGUCUUCGAUGUGACUGGAUAUGAACCACCUCGGUCUCCAAAACCCGCGUGGAAAGUCUAUUCCGUGAAGGUUCCUCGCGACACAAGGUCUCUCAGACCUAUCACGAAACAGCAAUCACAGAUGCUCCACAAAAAGCCUUUGCUAUGGUCUGAAGUGUUCUCGUGGAGUCCUCCUUCAGGAGCGAGCACCCCUAGCGAUGUCCUCUUCCCUCUAUUAUCUUCUAUCAGAGGUCCUAUCAGGUACCGCGUAGCUUUACCUCGGCAUCGACCUCGAUCCCCGCCGAACAUCAAGGAGAAUACCGUAGGUUUAAUAGUCAACUUACCACCAAAAUCAGGUGCUCCUCGUUUGAGUCCUAGCAAUUCCAGGAUAGUAGACACGUCGUCUAGCUGGCGGAGAGCCUCGCCAUUGUCCGUGGUGAAGGCCCCUCACCCAGAGCUAGAUACUGUCAGCCGGUCACCACCGCCUGAGGCUCCUCUUGCUUCUUCAACAGGAACUUCCUUACCCAAAGUCGGGGUGAUUUCUCCUCAGUCAACCAGCGAUGCAUCGCCUAAGCCAAGGUCGCAACCCAAGAUGCCUGUUGGUUCCGAAGUUGCUUUCUACCGUGAUGCGCGAGUUGAUCCUGCUGCACAGUCGAAGGUAGCGGUAAAUUUCAUAGUCACUAGCGAAUUGGAGGAUGGGAGCCAGUCGGCUGUUGGUGACGCGCCAGGAGGGGCAGCGGCGCAGGCCAAAAUCCCACCUGUCUCCUUACUGGAAAAGAUGCCAGAGGACGGUACUGGAUCGCUUCCUUUGGAACAUUCACAUGUCGAGGAUUUUGUGCCAAGCGUAAUGGACAGCAAAGUUGACCCUGAGACGACGAGUUUGCCGCCUGAGCGCGCAGUGAUCACCCCCCCGCCUCAUGCGACUAGCAGUUCACGGACAAAGUCACCAAAAGCUUUCCCUAAAGAAUCACCAUCAAGGGCCCCAGACCCUGAACAUUUGAAGGCCUUAUGGUCCCAGACUUCGAACAAGGCCGAGCUGCCGUCAAUCAACUCCCUUGAGGGUAUCGCUGAUGAUUUGACCGCUGUUCCAUUUACUUUACACGAAGUAAAAUCAGAGGAUGGCGGAACACCUCCACCCUCUGGCCCAGGGCUAUCAUCGAGAAUGUCAUCAUUGGACGUUACUCGUGCUUUCCAGCAGGUCCCACCAUCAUCGACCAACUCCCCUCUCAGGAGUUCCACAAUUCCCCCGAUUUCAUCACCACCAAAUGGAGCAGCAGCGCGGCCAAACCACCCAUACCUACCCGCCAUGUCUAAUUCCAACCUACGCACACCAUAUGCUUAUCCUUCUCCUAUGUUGGGCCAUGCACCUAGUCCAACUGUCAUGUAUCCUCAUAUGACAUCAAGCCCUGCUCCCAGGCCGAUGAUGGUCAAUGGCCCCCCCUCACCAUACGCUCAACCGAUGUGGAUGCCCGUACAAGGACCAACAGGACAGCCUCCAGGCACGAUGAUGCGAUCGCCAUACCCUGCGCAGCUCAUGCCGUAUCCUUCACCUGGCACACCUGUAUAUGGUCCUCCACCUGGUCCUGCCGGCUUGCAGAAUGGUUCAGCGCAACAAUCAAAUGGAGCUCCAAACCGCGGUCCCGCCAUGCCUAUGAUGAGCCCAAUCAUGCAGCCCGCCCACGCAGGCCAUCCCAUAUAUGCCAAUAGUCCUGUCAUGCUGCAUUCGCCAUCUCUCGUCCCAGUACCACCGGGUCAUGGAUAUCCUGUCAACCGAGGCCAAAUGCGGGGAGCGUACGACUCGGGGUUGCCCGUAGCGUCUCCGUCGGCUGGUCAUCCUCCUCAACAGCACCAUCCAGGACCAUAUACAGUAGCUCCGAAUGCCUUUACUCGGCCGUCGUGGUAG